AAGUGAGAAAACGCAGAUGGUUUGGUCAAGUUUACGUUCACUUUCUCGUGGACGGGUUUCUGUGCAGGGAGCUCCGUGUGAUUGGAGCAGUUUUUUGGACAAAAGUGCCGCAGAUAAUUCCCGUUAACAGAGUCACAGCUGGAACUGAAGGACGAAGGAGCCGACGGUUCGACGCGUCCAGAUGUUGGAGCGGAGUCGGUGAAUGAGAGCAGCAGUUCAGAUGAAGGUAGAAGGAGUGUGUGAGCUGAUGUGAAUCCAGCAGCAUGGAUCAGUGUGAGGACAGAGAGGAGGGAGUCCUUCCCUCUAAAACCUCCCCGAGGGGAAAACCUGAGAGUCAGAGAGAAGAAGAGAGGAGUGGACCUGGACCUGGACCUGGACCUGGACCUGGACCUGAACCUGGACCUGGACCUGGGUCUGGGUCUGGGUCUGGACCUGAACCUGAACCCAGCUGUGUGUCCUUGAAGAGUGACAGAUCAUUGGAUUUUUUUUUUGAUUUUAAAGAGACCCAACAUUUUCCCUCAGUGAGGAGACGAUCUGGUCCUGAACCCGCGCCUGGACCUGAACCCAGCUGUGUGUCCUUGAAGAGUGACAGAUCAUUGGAUUUCUUUUUCGAUUUUAAAGAUACCCAACAUUCUCCAUCGGUGAGAGUGGACCAGCAGAUCUCAGAGUCCCCCAGUGGUCCGUCUGUCCAGCAGCAUCAGACCCAGCUGAACUCCAUAUUUCAGCUGCUGGAGGACGACAUCUUCAUGUUUGUGAAGGACCAGCUGAAGAAGAUCCAGAAGGUUCUGAGUACAGAUUACCCAGAAUCCUCAGAGAGUCUGGAGGAGGAUGAAGAUGAAGAGCAGAAGAGCAUCAGAGAGGCAUUCAUGAAGAUCACAGUGAGGUUCUUGAGGAGGAGGAAGCAGGAGACGCUGGCUGACCUCCUGCAGAGCAAUACCGUUGCUGCCGUUUGUCAAUCCAAACUCAAAGGUCAGCUGCAGAAGAAGCAUCAGCAUGUGUUUGAGGGGGUCAUUAAAGCAGGAAAGACAACCCUUCUGGAGCAGAUCUACACGGAGCUCUACAUCACAGAGGCAGGGACCGGAGAGGUCAAUGAAGAACAUGAAGUCAUACAGAUUGAAGUGGCUUCCAGGAAACCCGAUGGAGCAGAAACAGCCAUCAGACAGGAAGACAUCUUUAAACCCCCACCUGGAAGAAAAGGACCAAUCAGAACGGUGAUGACGAAGGGAGUGGCUGGCAUCGGGAAGACAGUCCUAACACAGAAGUUCACUCUGGACUGGGCUGAAGGCAGAACCAACCAGGACAUCCAGUUCCUGCUUCCAUUCACCUUCAGAGAGCUGAAUGUACUGAGAGAGCAGAAGUUCAGCUUGGUGGAACUAGUUCAUGCAUUCUUCUCUGAAACCAAAGGAAUCUGCAGCUUUGAAGACUUCCAGGUCGCGUUCAUCUUUGACGGUCUGGAUGAGUGUCGACUUUCUCUGGACUUCCACAAAUCUACAAUCGUCAGUGACCCCAGAAGAUCCACCUCAGUGGAUGUGCUGCUGACAAACCUCAUCAGGGGGAACCUGCUUCCUUCUGCUCGUCUCUGGAUCACCACACGACCCCCAGCAGCCAAUCAGAUCCCUUCUUACUGUGUUGACAUGGUGACAGAAGUUAGAGGGUUCACUGACCCACAGAAGGAGGAAUACUUCAGGAAGAGGUUCAGGGAUGAGGAGCAGACCAGCAGGAUCAUCUCCCACAUCAAGACAUCACGGAGCCUCCACAUCAUGUGCCACAUCCCAGUCUUCUGCUGGAUCACUGCUACAGUCCUGGAGAAAGUCCUGAAAACCAGAGAGGGAGGGGAGCUGCCCAAGACCCUGACCGAGAUGUACAUCCACUUCCUGGUGGUCCAGGCCAAACUGAAGAAGGUCAAGUAUGACGGAGGAGCUGAGACGGAUCCACACUGGAGUCCAGAGAGCAGGAAGAUGGUGGAGUCUCUGGGAAAACUGGCUUUUGAGCAGCUGCAGAAAGGAAACCUGAUCUUCUAUGAACCAGACCUGAGAGAGUGUGGCAUCGAUGUCAGAGAGGCUUCGAUGUACUCAGGAGUGUUCACCCAGAUCUUUAGAGAGGAGAGCAGCCUGUACCAGGACCGGGUCUUCUGCUUCAUCCAUCUGAGUGUUCAGGAGUUUCUGGCUGCUCUUCAUGUCCGUCAGACAUUCAUCAGCUCUGAAGUCAACCUGCUGGAAGAUCAACUAACAACUCACCGUUCUUCUACUGGUUUCUAUCAGAGUGCUGUGGACAAGAUCUUACAGAGUCCAAAUGGACAUCUGGACUUGUUCCUGCGCUUCCUCCUGGGUCUUUCAGUGGAGACCAAUCAGAACCUCCUACGAGGUCUGAUAAAAUCAAACAGAGGAAGUUCACAGGACAAUCAGGAAACUAUCAAAUACAUCAAGAAGAAGAUCAGUGAUGAUCUGUCUGUAGAGAGAAGCAUCAACCUGUUCCACUGUCUGAAUGAACUGAACGAUCGGUCUCUGGUGGAGGAGGUCCAACGGUCCCUGGGGUCUGGAUAUUUCUCCACAGAUAAACUGUCUCCUGCUCAGUGGUCGGCUCUGGCCUUCAUCUUACUGUCAUCAAAAGAAGAUCUGGAGGUGUUUGACCUGAAGAAGUUCUCAGCUUCAGAGGAGGCUCUACGGAGGCUGCUGCCAGUGGUCAAAGUCUCCAAGAAAAUUCUACUGAGUGGCUGUAAUCUCUCAGGGAACAUCUGUGCAGAUCUGUCCUCAGUCCUCAGCUCUCAGUCCUCCAGUCUGACAGAACUGGACCUGAGCAACAACGACCUGCGGGAUUCUGGACUGGAGAAGCUGUGUCCUGGACUGGAGAGUCCACACUGUAAACUGGAGUCUCUCAGGCUGUCGGGCUGUCUGAUCUCAGAGGAAGGAAGUGCUUCUCUGGUCUCAGCUCUGACCUCCAACCCCUCACACCUGAGAGAGCUGGACCUGAGCUACAACCAUGCAGGGGAGUCAGCAGGGCAGCUUCUGUCUAGACUGGAGGAUCCCCGCUGGAGGCUGGACACUCUCAGGGUGGAGCCUGCUGGACAACGAUGGUUGAGACCAGGUCUGAGGAAGUAUUCCUGUCAACUCACCAUCGACAAGAACACAGUCAACAACAACAUCAAACUGUCUGAUGACAACAGGGAGAUGACACAUGUGAAUGAGGUUCAGUCAUAUCCUGAUCAUUCAGACAGGUUUGAUUGUCUUCCUCAGCUGCUGUGUAGAGAGGUUCUGACGGGUCGCUGUUACUGGGAGGUCCAGUGGAGCAAAGGGGUUUCUGUAUCAGUGAGUUACAGAAGAAUCAGCCGGGGAGGAGACUCUGAUGUCUUUGUUUUUGGAGGAAACGAUCAUUCCUGGAGUCUGAACUGUUAUCUAGCUGGUCAGUACCAUGUCUGUCACAAUAACAGGGACACAUCCAUCAUCUCCUCAUCUUCAUCCUCAGUCUCUGGCAGAGUAGCAGUGUACGUGGACGUUCCUGCUGGAACUCUGUCCUUCUAUGAAGUCGUCUCUGACAGACUGAUCCACCUCCACACCUUCAACACCACCUUCACUGAACCUCUCUGUCCUGGAUUUGGACUUUGGUCCUGGUCUGGUUGCUCAGUGUCUCUGUGUCCAGUUUAGUCUCAAGAGUCCUGUCAGAGAAACUGUCUCUGUUGGAUCCUGGACUUGGGCUUUGGACUUGGACUUGGUUCUGGUUUGUCAGUGUCUCGAUGAUGGUAGUGAUGAUGAUGAUGAUGAUGAUGAUGAUGAUGAUGAUGAUGAUGAUGAUGAUGAUGAUGAUGAUGAUGAUCACCGUUUGUUUAGUUUUUUUGGUUUAUUGUGUUUUUAUUUGAUCUUUUUCACAUUUAAAUAUUAAAUAAUUUACUGGAUUGUUGACGUUUGAUCAUAAAUUAGCUUUUCAUCUCAUUAUUCUUGUUUUAAUCUUGAUUCUGUCUCUAAAUGUUUUCAUAUUUGACUUCACAUCCAUCCAUCCAUCCAUUUUCUUCCCUCACACCAGACACUUCCUCCAGCUCUUCCGAGGGGAGUCCGAGGCGUUCCCAGGACACGCUGGAGAGACAUAGGGCCAAAUCCACAAAAGGAUUGCGCGGCUUUUGCGGCCGCUAAACCGGUGCAAAUGAGACAAAAAGAGAGCGUCUAAUUCACAAAGCACCCGCAAAGGGCGAAUUGCUCCACAAACUGCGCUGCCAAGCAAAUAGUGGCAUUGUGCGCCUGUGCCAUUUGCAUGCAUGCAAAUUAGGUAAUAUUCAUACAUUCGGCGCAAAAUUGCCCCCUUUCUAUGCAAAUAAGCCUCAUUGCAAAAAGCGCCUAAUUCACAAAGGCCAGCGGUAUUUGCCACACGCAAAAAUAGUGGAGCAAAUACCGUGUUUCAGAAGCGUGUAUUAAACUGCGCGCAAAGUCGCAAACUCACUCCUCACUCCCGCUCUGUAUAUGUUUCUCUCUCUCUUCAAUAUCAUUCAAGCCUGUGUUAUACUGAAUGAUAUUAAGGGUGAAAUCUACAUUCAGACAUGACUGUAGACUAUCAGAUCAAGUGGGGUUGUGGACUUAUCUCGGAUUUAAAAAUAAAAGUAACAGGACGGAGCUCAGGAUUCAUCCAUAGGCUACAUAAGGGGCUGCUUUAUUACAAACAAUUCCACCAUAUAAACAUAUAAAUCUAGAAUGUGUGUGUUUAACAGCUGACCUGUAGGUGUGUGUAGCAAAACAAAGAACAUGAACUACCAUUAGAUCCUGAUCUGAUCCCGAUCCGGUGUUAAUGAAGUUACUGGUGCUGUGCCUUGUGCGUAAAUGCGCACAGCCUCUUAACAUUUGACAUUUCAUUAGCUUAUGUCAUACAGACACUGAGGUCUUUUGAUGUGUGUGUGGAGAUGAUGGCUAUGUUCUACCACACAAUGGUGGCCAGUGCACUCUUUUUUGCUGCUUUGUGUUGGGGGGGCAGCCUUGCAAUCAAAAACACCAGGCGACUGAACAAACUGGUCAAAAAAGCGGGCUCAGUGUUGGGCAGGAGUCUGGACCCGCUAAGAUCUGUGGUGGAGAGGGGCACACUGAACAAACUGAGUGCUAUAAUGGAGAGACACCCUCUCCACAGCCUCCAGGAGCAACAGAGGGGCAGCAGCUGCAGCGGUCAGGUCCGCAGCCUCUGCUCACUGCACACGGAGCGGUUCAGGAGAUCCUUGCGUCCCCGCAGCAAUAAGACUGUUUAACUGUCCUGAACUCAGUUUCACACACUCACCUCUGCCACAACUGGACUAUAUUUUAGUUUGCACUUUACAUGAUAUUUGUUUAAAAACCUUAUAUGUCAUGUUUAUUUUAAUAUUAUGAAUGUGCUUUUAUUGUCUGAAUGGAAGUGUGUUUUUAUGUUUAUGUUUUGAUGAGCUGCUGGACGGUUGAAUUUCCCUUUGGGGAUGAAUAAGGUUCUAUCUAUCUAUCUAUCUAUCUAUCUAUCUAUCUAUCUAUCUAUCUAUCUAUCUAUCUAUCUAUCUAUCUAUCUAUCUAUCUAUCUAUCUAUCUAUCUAUCUAUCUAUCUAUCUAUCUAUCUAUCUAUCUAUCUAUCUAUCUAAAUGCGAAAUACUAGAAGUACAAAUACGUGAAAGUUGAGGCUGUUGUGCUCUCUGCAGUUUUCAUUAUGGACCAAUCUGUGUGCUGAAAUAUGGAGAACACUGGAAACAGCUCCGCUCACUCAGACAAGUGCAAAUUGCACUCAGCCGCAAAACUUUAUGGGCGUGUUUGCUCCGGUAUAUCAUUAGAGCAAAAUCUUUUGUGAAUAGGACCUUAAAGCGGGGCAAAUUGCGGGCGCAGAUGCAGCGCAAUUCACAGCGCUAUUUGCGGGCGCAAUCUAUUCUUUGUGGAUUUACCCCAUAGGGCCCGAUUUACUAAAGGUUUGCGUGCGUAAAAACCUGUGCAAACUUGACAGCACCCGCAAACCAAUGUGCGAGCUGAUCUACUAACGGCGUGCAAAGACGACUGCGUCUCUGAAAUGCGCAAAAUUGCACACGCAAUUCAGUUAGUACUUUUGCCCUGAUGAAUAAUCAAUAUGGGGCAUACCCGGCAGAAAUCCUAAAUACUGGGAGGGGAAGAUGCAAAUUGGUCCAUUUACCACGCGCAAUGAGAUUUACCAAGCCUGAAAGUAAUUGCGCGUAUUGUGAUUGCGUCUGUAUUUAAUACGUUCGAAAGGAAGGUGCUAAUCUGCUGCUGCUGUUAUUGUGGCAAGGAAGCGACGUCCAAAAUCAAAGAAUACGCAGAGAGAGAGUCUUUAUUCUGCUGCAUGCUAUUUUAAAAAUGGUUGCACAAGUUUUAUUAAAGGCCACUUUUUCUUUAGUUCUCUGCCUUAUAUCUUGCCACCUUCUCUUAUUGUGCCCCCCUCCACUCGCCCACAAGCAGGCCAAGCCUUUGUGCCAAAACUUUGUAUUUUAUUGAUUAUUUAUCUUAUUGAACGUGAAAUCAUCCUUCGUGAAUUACAUUUAAUUAAAACCCGUGCUUAUUAAUCACAAAACACAGGUUAAACAUCAUGACCAAAUCCGCUCCGACCCGGUGUGUCUGUGAUCAGCGCAGAGACUGCGCCGUCGGUUCUGCGUUAGUGUGACGCGGAACCAUAAAUCAGCCUUUAGUGUGCGCUCUGUGCGCUGUUCUGAACACUUUUCUUCUCUUCUUGCCAUAUGAUGGUCCCGUCUGUCACACAUUUACUGUCAGUGUUUGCUAUAUAAUAUAUAAUAUUUGCAAUAUACUGUGGACAUCUGAAUAAAAACUUAACUCAUAAAUAGA